AUGCCUUCCAAGAAGAAAGCCAGCACCCAGGUGAACGCAGCCAAACCACAGCCGUUGCCCGCGACCACUUCAGCAAAGGAUGCGCCUGCACAACCUCAACCCCUGCAAAGUUCCGGGCCGGCGAUGUCGUCGACCUCUUCUUUGAACCGCCAGCCCUCACAUGCAAAGUCAGACGCAGAUCUGAAGACCGGUGACACCACCGAAUCAGCUGGAGAGCCUGCUCAAACCACGGCUGUAAAUCGCAAAAAGCAAAAGAGACGGGAAAAAGAGGCUGCAAAACGGGCCGCGGAGAAUACGCACAUACCAAUGCCUAAUGGUCAUGUUCCUGCGCCAGAGAGCAAACCAAAUGGACAACUACCGCCUGUAAAACAGGGCCGGGGCCCUGUGAAGGGUUAUUUCACUGAGGAACCUGACUAUCCCGAUCCCGCAGAUCCUGCCUAUCCAGAUAUUGGUAGUCCGGAAGAAGCUUUCUAUAGCGGCGACGAAGACCCUAACUACGGAGAAGGAGCAGAUGCGAUGCCAGACAGCUCGUGGCUAAAUACCAGUAAACGGAAGAAAUCCAAAACCGCUAACGAUGCCCUGUCGAGGACUUCAACCAUGCUAUCUCGCUCUAAUAUUCCACCUUUAUCAAAUGCUGCGAUGAGGGCAUCUCAGAAACUCUCAAGUGAUCACAUCUGGAAUACUUCAACUCAGGCCGAGCGGGAAAACAUCAAGCAGUUUUGGCUGGAACUGGGGGAGGACGAGCGACGAUCGUUGGUCAAGGUUGAGAAGGAAGCGGUCCUGCGAAAAAUGAAGGAACAGCAGAAGCACUCAUGCAGCUGCUCCGUAUGCGGACGAAAACGCACGGCUAUUGAGGAAGAAUUGGAGGUGCUAUACGACGCUUACUACGAGGAACUCGAACAGUUUGCCAACCACAACUCGGAUCUCUCCAAUGUUCCUCAGAUGAUGGCCCCUCCUCGUCCUCCGUUUAAACGAACAGCACAUCCCAUGGCCGGGUCGUACCCUUCGCGAAGUCGGAUCAAUGAGAUCGAAGACGACGAGGAGGAUCUCGAGGACGAUGACGAGUACGACGAUGAAGACGACGACGGCUAUAGCGACGAUGAAGGAGAACUCGAUGAUCAUGGCUUGCCGCCUGGUCCGCCCGACUUUUUCCAAUUCGGCAACAGUCUUACUGUGAAGGAUGGUAUACUCACCGUUGCGGACGACUUGCUGAAGAAUGAUGGAAAACACUUCAUAGACAUGAUGGAGCAAUUGGCAGAGAGACGCAUGCAACGUGAGGAAGAUAUUCGCUACCAUUCCUCGUCAUUAGCUCAUCGAGACAUUCAUCAAGGUCACAAUCAUCCUCCCAUAGACGAUGACGAUGACUAUGACGAUGAGGAAGAUGACGAGGACUAUGACUCGCAAGAAGAGGAUGAUUUUGAGGGGGACGAUAUGGAUUCCAUGACCGAAGAACAGCGCAUGGAAGAAGGUCGACGCAUGUUCCAAAUCUUUGCCGCUCGAAUGUUUGAACAGCGUGUCUUGACAGCCUAUCGAGAGAAGGUUGCCGCCGAACGGCAGAGAAAAUUACUCGAGGAAUUAGACGAAGAGAGCCGACUUGACUCGCAGCGUGAAGCAAAGAAGGCCCGAGAAGCCGCUAAGCGGAAGGAAAAGAAGCGACUCCAGAAACAAGCGAAAGAUGAGGAGAAAGCAAAGAAGGAGGCGGAAAAAGCUGCUCAGGAAGCAGCUGCGCGAGAACUAGAAGAAAAGCGGCUAGAGGAACAACGACAUCGCCGGGAAGAGCAACGCAAGAAGCGGGAGGCCGAGAAGAAAGCCGCCGAGGAGGAAAGACUCCGCAAGGAAGCUGAGAAACAUCGCAAGCAACAGGAAGCACGCGAGCGCCAAGCCGAACAGGAGCGCAAGGCACGGGAAGCCAAGGAGCGAGAACGGCAGAAGCGCGAAGAGACGAAAAAGAAAGAGCGCGAGGAGCGAGAAGCCAAGGAGAAGGAGGCCAAGGAGCGAAAGGCGAAGGAAGACCGGGAGAGAAGGGUGAGGGAGGAGCAGGCUCGGAAGGAAAAAGAGGCGACUUUGAGGGCGGAAAAGGAAGCCAGAGAACGUGCAGCCCAUCAACACCCGACAAAACAGCAACCUGUGGCGCUUCCUCCUGGCUUGCAGCCUCCAUCGCGCGGUCCAAGCAUACAGUCCCCUCAAGUGUCUGUUGCAACACCGGUUAUCCCUCCGAAAGUCCCGACGCCUGUACGGAAUCGACAACCUUCACAACCUGGCCAGCAUUCUCAUGGCUCAUCUCCGCGGUCACAGAAAGCUAGCACUGAGAUAUCUCAGAGCUCUGCUUCUCCAGCAACCGUCGCCAUGCCUCAAACGCCAGCCCUUGGACAGCCAGCGAAAGCACAAGGCCAGCCUCCACCACUCCACCACCCGCAACCCUCCGCCCCGAGAUCGCCAUUGAACAACCACGGCCGGGGUCAAUAUCCAUUCAACAUGAAUGGAUUGCCUGGAUUGGGAGUAAGUGGACCACCACCGAUGGGUGCUCCAGGGAUGAUGCCGACCAUGAUGCCCCCGAUGCACAUGUACCAAGGGCCUCCGAUGGCUAAUCAGCAGCGGUUUUCCCAGAACGGCAUGCAGUAUCCUCCGGGGUUUCCGAGGCCAUUCCAACCAGGUCAACAAAUGCCCUUUGUCCCACAACCUCCUAAUCAGGCACCUCCUAUGGUCAAUCAACAACCAGUGCCCAAGCCUCAAGUACAUUCCAGACAGCCAUCCAGCGAGCAGGCUCCGAUAGGCAGACCUGGGCUAGGACCCAUCGCACGACCAUCCAGUACCACUCCGGACAAACAGAAACCACACAACAAGACUCCGGACAGGGAAAUUGAUCAUCUGGCCACACAACUCGGUAGCAAGGCGUUGUUGGACGAUUCAGAUGCGCCCUUCUUGGGGAAUUCGGAUUCACGCAUGAACCUUCCGCCUCUCGGUCCGCCUGGUUCCGCAAGGAUACCAUUCGCGAGUAGCUUCCCGGAGCACAAGCAGGAACCAUUCGGAAUGGGGAAUCCUGGUUGGGGCGGCUUCAACCCUGGCAUGGGCCCUCCUGGUAGUUGGGGUCCACACGGAUCGCAACGUCCUAGCCCGGGUUGGGGACAACCCCCCUUUGGAGCCAUUGGCUCUGGGCCUCAAACCAUGUCAAGGUCUCAUCUCCCACGGCCGAUCGCAGUGAGACUUAUGCUUGUUCAAGCUUGCCGUCAAUUGUCACAAAUCCCGGUUGCAAGUGCCGACGGGUAUCAUCCAGUGCAGAAUGUGCUCCGACAGCUGGAGAGUCUCAAAGCACCAGGCGAACCACCAGUCUCCAUGGAGGAGAUGCUUGGAAUUUGCGACACCGAGGGCAACUCACAGAAUGGCGGCGGAUCAUUCGAGGUAAUCAUCGACAAAGCCAGAGGACAAGUGAUCAAAUUUGUCGAGGAUGCCCCAAGCCAUCCACCCAGAGGCAGCGUUGGCGAGAUAGGCAGUCCUUUGUUGGGUCACAGCCAACAUAUCCACCAUACCAGUCCCCUGGGUGGCAUUGUCGGCCAACCAAAUAGCUUCGGACCUCCAGGUAGGAGUUUCUAG